AAAAUGAUAAUUAAUCGCGUCAAGGUCGCACGCGCCGCGCAGCAUACAGACGUAUUUUCGAUUCCUGAAACCAAAAGUCCUUCUGUCUGCUCGAGGAGGCAGUCUCGGAGAAUACGUUGCGUGGUUCUGUAUCACUCACGCACAACGGCACAAGCAGAAAUCGACUUCUUUUUUCGGCCAACCUUGAAAUCUUUCCAUCACUUCCUCCAGGGUUCCGUCAUCUGUUGCCUUGGUGUUGUAGGCAAUUGGCGACGACAGCAAUUUGCUCCAACCCGGUCUCGCAUUAGUAUAUCAAAAUGGGGCUUGAGAAUUUGAUUUUCUUCCUACUACUUGGUGUAAUAUUUCUACCUUUUAUCUUGGCAAUCGGUUGCUUGGUGCUAGUGAUGACAUGCCCAUGGUCGAGAAAUUUUCGAUCAGGAUAUGUAAACCUACUGUUAAAGAUCUUUCAGUAUGGUACUGGUCGGAUAGAAAGUGCUGAACUGAAAAAACUAGAAACCAUCAAAGAAAAGAAUGGCAUCGCAAAUGGGAAUAUAACUGAAUUGGUAGAACAAGUUGAAGAUAAUUUGUCAUCUGGGCAUGCCAUAAUUAAGUCGUCAGCAAUGUCUAAAGAAGACCUGGUACUCUUACCAAAUGGAAACUCCUCACCAAAGACAGCAUCUAUUCCCAAAAACAGAUCGUUUAACAGUUUGAAGAAUGAUUUUAUCCUAUCCGACUGUCUUGACUUUGUUCAUGCUGGUGUGGAAGCAAUCAUUGAAGAUGAAGUUACACAACGAUUUGUAGCUGAAGAACUUAAGUCAUGGAAUCUUCUUACUCGCACAAACCGUCAUUACGAGUUCAUCAGUGUUCGCCUUACUGUUACCUGGAUCAUUGGUUUCUUCAUACGUUACUUCAUUCUUCUACCAAGCAGGAUAACAAUUUGCUUUUUAGCUGUUAUUUGGCUGACUUUGUGCACAGGAUUAGUUGGCUUUUUGAAUGAAGGUGCAUUGAAAAGAGCUAUUUAUGAGAAGGUUUCAAUAUGGUGCUUCAAUUUUCUGUCCUGCGCUUUAUCAGCAGUAAUCACCUUUCACAACAAGGAGAAUAUUCCCAAAUGUGGUAUCUGUGUUGCCAACCACACAACCCCAGUGGAUGUUAUGGUACUUCAUUGCGACAACUCGUACGCUUUGAUUGGCCAGCGUCAUGGAGGUUUCUUGGGUAUUAUUCAGCGAGCAUUGGCGCGCGCUUCUGCGCACAUCUGGUUUGAACGUUCCGAAGUCAAAGAUCGCGAAACUGUUGCGAAAAGACUGAAGGAGCAUGUGGAUGAUCCUGAUAAAUUGCCAAUUCUUAUUUUUCCGGAGGGAACUUGCAUCAACAAUACUUCUGUGAUGCAAUUUAAAAAGGGGAGCUUCGAAGUUGGCAGUGUAGUUUAUCCUGUUGCUAUUAAGUACGAUGCACGGUUUACAGAUGCUUUCUGGAAUUCAAGUCGUCAUUCUAUGAUCCAGUAUUUAUACAUGAUGAUGUCCUCUUGGGCCUUAGUCUGCGAUGUUUGGUAUCUACCCCCUAUGCAUCGCCGAGCUGAAGAGAGUGCAAUUGAUUUUGCCAAUCGAGUCAAAGCCGUCAUUGCAAAACAGGGUGGCUUGGUAGAUCUGUCUUGGGAUGGCGCACUUAAACGAAUGAACGCCAAGAAAGAAUGGAAACAAAAGCAACAGGAAGAAUUCAGCAAGCGAUUGAAAGUGGAGUGAUGAAGAACUUUUAAUCUAAUGCAUGUUUAAAAAAUGAAUUUUUUCUUUCAAUGUUGAGUUCACUUAACAAAAAAAAAAAAAAAAAAAAAAAAUAAUCUGUUGCAAUGGAAAUGCGAUGAAUCGAGUACCGAAUGCUAGUGCUGUAGCGUCUUUGGUUGUUUGUAGGUCGUAGCCGGGCCAUUCUUCCAAUAAGUGUUGCGUUAAAAUGGGGAUAGCGCAUUUCCUGUAACAUUGUCCGUAAAGUCUCUCACUUCGCUUUAUCGUUUCAUUACUGACGCAUGGGGAUAAAGUCAGAAAUCUCUGGAUUGGUUACAAUCGCGUGUUUAUUAACAUUUCAGAGGUGUUACUCCGCUCAUUUCUUAAUCGCAUUAUUGUUGUCGAUGUACAGCGAGAAACUUCCUUAUAUUCCCUCUUGGUUGAUGAAUGGUGGCCCAGAUGAUCUAAGUCAUUGAUUUGGUAAAUAGCUUGUUGGUGGGUUGACAUCAUUUUUCCAUGCGAUUAUGUUGGAUUAAUCUUGAAGUUGUUCAAUUGUCUUUUUCGUUUUUUUGUCGACCACAGUGUUCUCUUCAUGAGCAUUGGUAUAUAUAAACUUAUAUAUACGCA